AGACAGGCAUGUGCAACGCGCGCUGAAAUGCGCGAGUUUAUGGACUAUGUCCACAGUGCUUUCUACGAGGCGACCGGGUGGCGGCGUGACAAUUCGUAUGCAGCGCUGAAUGCGACGACUGACGCUCUGUUGAACUUCAGCACUCCUCGAGGUCUUCGUCUAACCCUCUCGGCCCUCGCAAGCCCCAAUUUCGCCACCUCCUACCAGCUGGGCUCUGUUGGCGUGGUUGAUGGCUCCAUCUCCUACCUGUUCUCCUCGGUUCCCCUUCGAGUCCUCUUGACACCCCAGUCCGAGAAUGUUCCGCUCCCCGAUCUUCUUCGAUCCUAUCGCCCUCUAACGCCGGUUGCUCGACGAGAUGACCCCUCCCUAAGGCGUCCGGACGAUACAGACAAGACAAACGAGUCUCUUCUAUACGGCAGGCUAUAUCUGCCCCGAUCGCAGCUAGAGGCGCUCCUUGUGAGGCGGCUAUCCCCCGCCUUCCAGGCACAGUUCAGUGCCGUAUCGGGCCAGCACCUCAGAAACGGGGGCACUGCCCUGGGGUUGCUGCAGUAUGAUGUCGGGAGGUAUGCGCUUGAAGGACUUGCUUCCACGGAUGGUGGAUUGCUAGGCUUCAGAGGAGUAUAUAAUUUUGGGGGCGACUUGAGCAGUAAAAAGCACACCCAGCAAUCAACUACAUCUCCUGCGGAGAAUGGCAGUGGCAAUGGGGACAAGGAAAGGAUAUAUGGGCGGUUCAGCACUGGCGGAGAGAUUUACUAUGGCACGCUUAACAAAUCUGGAGGCAUAAGCAUCGGCGCGAGAUUUGCUACACUGCCAGAUCACAAGGGAACACCGCUUUCUGCUACACUCACGCUGAAUCCUCUGAUGGGAAAUAUUGCAGCUAACUAUGCAGUCAUGGCUGGGAAGGACUGCAGCCUUGCGACUCGCAUGGAGUUCAACAUCUUCAGCUACGAAAGCUCUUGGGCUGUCGGAAUGGAGCUGUGGAGGAAACCGUUUGCUCGGUCCCGGAGUUUUAACGCGAAGCUGGAGUGGAGGCUUGAUGAACCGGAAAAGCCAACAGAGAAGAAGAUGGCGCACAAGAAAGUAGAUAAAGAGGAGGCAGAGAAUGACGAGAAGGAAUAUGCCGGAGUCGUGAAAGCGAGAUUGGACCAAAAUCUCCGGCUUGGAGUGCUGUGGGAAGGGCGAGUAAAGUCGCUUUUGUUCAGUCUCGGAAGCGGGAUCGAUCUAAAGAUGAUGAAUAAGCCUUUUCGAACAUUAGGUCUCGAGGUUCAGUUCUCAUCAUGA